AUGGUUACUUUUGCCCUUCCCGGCGAGUACGACGCCGCGGAUGCUGGAAGCAGCACUCCCAUGUCACGUCCUCCUCUGCCCUUUGCGAAGCGCACCUACGUCGCGACGCCAUAUGCCCACAAGCGCCUGGGAACGCCGCACACAGCUCCGUCGCGCAAGCUGCUGAUAAAGCGCGAUGAAGUCUCAUCGGGCGCCCUGAACCGAAACGGCGUCUCGUCUCGCAGCAACCUCUUCAAAGCCUCCGUCGCCGAGGACCUUCCGACGAGCUCCUUCUCGCCCAGCAUCCCUCAGAGCACGAUGAAGAAGGUCUUCGCCCCCGGCGCGACUCCCGAACCGAGUCGCGUGUAUCGCGAGUCCACUGCUCGCCUGACGCCUCGCGGCCUGGCCGCCCACUCCUCAGACAAGGAGCUGUUCAACAUGCGAAUCUCGUCGCCACCCCCAGAGCUGACCGGCGAAGUCUUGGCAAACAGGGUGCCAAAGGACUGGAACGCCAAGGGAUCCAUCUAUGCCGAUCAGUUUUUGGCUCAUCUCUGCCCUCCAGACCUCGACGACGAGCAGCGUCGCCAGUUCUUCUGCAUUCUCGAUCUCCGUCGACUGAAAUAUGCCGCCAACGAGAUCUUUUCCAACAAGACUUGGAAGCUCAACAUCAUGAACUUUGCCAAGGAGUUUGAAAAGAGCCGAAGCAUCAUUCUGCUUCGAUAUGGACUGUACGAGUUCCAGAGCGUUAAGCCGUCCAAGGAAGUUCUCAAGAGAUGGCGCCGAGAACAUGGUCUGCCCGAUCCCGAGGAAGAGGAGGAAGAGGAGCAGACCAACGGCACGCCGAGCAAGCCAAUGUCCGUCAAGAAGCGCAAGGCUGAUGAUGACCUUUCAAAGGAGACGGCUGAUGCGACUGAAAAUGUGGCAACAGCGAGCAAGCGAAGGGCUACCGUCAGCGAUGAAAUAGACGAGCCUACUGCCGUCACUCCUGCUCCUAACAAGAACAAGAGAAAGACUGUCGCCAAUGAAGCGUCGCCCGCCAAGCUGCAAAAGGCUACUCCAUCUACCGCCAAGUCGCUCUUUGUGAAGAUUGCCAGCAAGCCGGCUGCGACUCCCACAUCUCCCCUUGCAUCUCCCGCAGGUUCUCUGGCUGCGGCCUCUCCUGCCCCAUCUCCCACUCCUUUCAAAUCGGUUGACAAGAAUGCCGCCAAUGGUAAACUGUCUCGCUCGGUAUUCAACAACUCUUUGAAGCCCCCAGUCAACGGCAAUGGCAACAUCUUUGGCUAUCUGUCCGAUGCUAGCUCCGCAAAGAAUAGCGGCGUUGAAGCCGAUGCUGAGAGUGAAUCUGAGUCUGAUGAAGAUGAAGAUAUCGAAGACAGCCAAGAGGGCGGGCAGAGUGAUGAGCCUAGCGGCGCAGCUAGCGGUGCAGGCGACGUUUCCUCUCAGGCUGGAUCUAAUCUAUUUGGAACCAAACCAUCAACCGGCUUUGGCACUGGUGUAUCCAGCGCUGCUGGUACACGGGAUAGCACUCCAGGCCGCAGCCUCUUUGACCGUAUCACCAAGGAUCAAGAUGGGCAACCAGUGCGAGCCGAUGAUGAGUCUGCCGACGAAGUCGCCAUCAAGAAACCAGCAUCAUCCAUCAACCAGACCUGGAAUCCCACGACCCAACCCCUCAAAUUUGCCCCUACCUCAGCCGCCACCCAGAAUGGUUCACUUUUUGGUAAAGCAACCUCAACCUCCACCUCCACCUCCAUUUUCGCGCCCAAGAGCACUGCACCAUCCAACAUUUUUGGAGUUUCCAAGCAAGAUCAGAGCUCCAAAGCAAACACGCCUAUUUCGGAAGCCGACCUGGCUGGCGGAGAGUCUGAUAAGGAAAAUGACUCUCAACCUACCAAGAAGGUCUUCUCUGAACCCAAGGUGUCUGCCAUCCCAAGCACCGGCGCGUCGCUCUUUGGUCUCAAGCCCGCCGCGGCCGAGCCCGUCAAAGUGAGCGAGCCUCCAGCGACGCCGGCCGCAGCACCAUCUUCUGCACCCCUAUCCGCCCCUUCUCCUGCCCCUACUACCAAUCUAUUUGGCACUGCACCAGCAGCACCACCCGCAACAACCACUCCAGUUACCUCGACUAACUUGUUUGGUGCCGCAGCCCCUGCACCUACAUCCACGUCCACAUCUCUGUUUGGAGCCAGCACCCCUGCCUUCAGUUCUGAGCCCGCCAAACCGAAGCCUGCCUUGUCCUCGUCCACCAGCUUGUUUGGCACCGCUGCUCCCGCGGCUGCGCCAACCAGCUUGUUCGGUGCCCCGAGCGCCGUGCCCGCUAAGAAGGAUCCUUCUCCUCCGGCUGCCAGCCAGCCCGCCGCUGCACCUCUGUUUUCCUUUGGAUCAGCGGCCGGUACAGGCCCCAAGCCCACUGAGACCUCCCAGCAAGCUGCCAAAUCUCUGUUUGGAGCGGCUCCAAAGUCACCUCCCGCUUCAUUCUCGACCAACAGCUUGUUUGGCGGAAGCCCCAUGAAGCAGGACGAUGCAUCACCAGCAAAGAAGCAGUUUACCGGUCUUGGCACUGAUACUUCAGCGCCACCUCCCGUUUUCAACUUCGGCACAGCAGGCGGCGCAAGCUCAAGCUCAAGCUCCAACUUGUUUGGUAGCUCGAUGAACUCUGCUCCUGCUCCCGCUGCGGCCCCUCUCUUUGGUGCCGCCCCAUCCAACACUGGAUCUGGAUCCGGAUCUGGAGAUGGCAGCGGUGGUGGUUUCAACUUCAACUUUGGAUCGGGAGGAGCAGGACCUUCAAGUGGAUUCAGCAAUCCUUUCUCAGGUGGCAACGCCAGCGGAAACCCGACCCAGGCCCCGACCGCGGCUCCUGGAGGCAUGUUCGCCUUUGGCUCAUCCACCCCGGCGGGAGGUUCUGGAGGCUCCGGAAUGUUCCAGUUUGGUAACGGCGCCGGAAGUCAGCCCUCGCAGCCAUCAGUGCCUCUGUUCAAUGGCGCGGCCUCGAACACGAGCGUGCCAUCUUUUACUGCGACGGCUCCUUCUGGUCAGUCAUCAUCCAUGUUUGCCUUUGGAGCAAGCCAGCCUUCCUCCGGAUUCAACCUCGCACCGCCAGCUGGUGGCUCCUCGACCACCGGGACAAACUCUCCAUUCAACCUUGGGGGAGGCUCUAGCCUGGCAACCACACCUGCCGGCGGGACUCCGGAACCAUCGACCCAAGUGAAGACGAACAGCAGUGCUGCUGAUAAUAAUGACGAAGAGGGCGAGAAGCAUGAGCAGAUUAGCUUGACAGAAGGCGCAGACAAGGACGAGGAAGUUUUGCACGAAGUCCGCGCAAAAGUACUCAAGUUUGUUCCCGCUGGUGAAGCAUCAGAUGCCGAAGAGAAGAAGUCGAAAAGCCCAUGGGCUACUCAGGGAGUGGGGGCUCUACGCCUGUUGAAGCACAAAGAAACUAAUGCGGUGCGCCUGCUUCUGCGCGCGGAACCUAGGGGCAAUGUUGCCAUGAACCGGUCUGUACUGCCUGAUCUAUCAUACAAGGCAGAUGAAAAGUAUGUGAAAAUGACUACGUCGAAUGACAAGGGUGACGGCCUCGAGACCUGGAUGAUCCAGGUGAAAACGAAGGAUUUGGCCAAGUCAUUGGCCGAGGCGUUGGAGACACACAAGGCGUUGAACAAGAAAUAAUAUGGGAAUAACAAGUGCAUUUUUCUACGGCUGGUUGUUGUUCACUAGGAAAUGGGAGAUGGGAAGUUUGGUGGCUGUCCUUUUUUUUUUUUUUUUCAUCAUUAGCAUUGCGGGCGUUAGAAGGCUUGAAACUCAGGCAGGGGUUUGCCUCGCCUGUUUUUUCCUGGCUGAGGUUUGGUGAAAGAAUGAAACUCUAUAUAUCCCAAGGAUUAGCCAUGCCCUUUUGAUUUUGACGAUUUAUUGUAUUCCCACAAGAUUAUGAAAGUGUAAUAACUGGUGUUUUUGUACCUUUAGGGGCGCACUGCUAGCUGGGUUGAGGAAUGGAUUAUCCUAGAUUCAAGAAACAAAAGUCCAGCGUUUGUACAGUAAAGAAGUAUCCUUGAAGUUGAA